UUUUUUUUUUUUUUUUUUCAAUUUGAAGGUCAUUCUCACAAUUGCUCGUCUUUCAUAUUUUAUAUUCAUGAUCUCUCAAAGACUUUCCUCUGUUGUGGUUAACGGUUGUUCUGUCUUGAGGUCGUGUAGCCGGUUAAUAAGUGUUUCUGCUUCAAGAAUGGGCAUUAAAGUGGGGGACAAGCUGCCCAGCGCGGAGCUGUACGAGGACAGCCCCGCCAGCAAGGUCAACAUCAGCGAACUGUGCGCGGGCAAGAAGGUGGUGCUGCUAGCGGUCCCUGGAGCCUUCACGCCCGGCUGCUCCAAGACUCACCUGCCUGGCUACGUGGACAAAGCUUCAGAGCUGAAAGGCAAAGGCUUCCAAGAGAUCAUCUGUGUGUCUGUGAACGACCCCUUCGUCAUGGCAGCCUGGGGCAAGGAGCAGAAAGCAGAAGGAAAGGUGCGGAUGCUGGCGGAUCCAAGCGCCUCGUUCACUAAGGCCCUGGGCCUGAGCGUGGACCUGCCUCCGCUGGGAGGGACGCGCUCCAAGCGCUACUCCAUGGUGGUCGAGGACGGCGUGGUGAAGACGCUCAACGUGGAGCCCGACGGCACCGGCCUGUCCUGCUCUCUCGCCGACAAGAUACCCGUGUGACUCGCACUGGGCGACUGCAGACAUGGUCAGAGUUUACUGUGGGGGUCGCUGUUUCGGAUUUGAUAGUAUGUGAAUACUUGCAGCGUUGUUUACUUGAUACCAUUUAGGUCUAGGAGUGCAUUUGCAUCGCAGUUAGCUAUAUUUCUGCUAUCAUCUACUUGAUGGGGUUCUUUUGAUAGUCUAUAGUGAUGUACCCUUACCUUAAAGGCACUGGGGCUCACAUACAUAUGGCAUACACCAUAUUACAACUGUGCAAACACGACUCAACAAUUAUGAAUGUUUGUGCUACAGCUUUGCUGUAGGCACACUCAAAUAGUCUCACUAGUUUGUUCGUUCAAAUUCAUUAGUGCUUAAAUUUUGCAGAAAAUUUGUGGGUAAAAAUAUAUUUGAAUUAUAUGUUUUACAGAUUUCAUGGAAGAGAAUUUACAAAAUUGUAUAGUUACAGAAUUAACACAAUUGUAUAGUUACAGAAUUUACAGAACAGAGAUAGACAAGAAACAUUAGCAUUUUUUUUAUGCAUUGACAGUUCAGGCUAUUCAUAUUCAGUUUUAUUCAGUAUAGUUUAUACCACAGGUAAAUAAAUUUCUAUAUAAAAUGUAAUUAUAUUUUUAUUAUAUCUUGUGAUGCCAUAGGUUAGAUAAAAUCAAAUUGUAUCUUA